CGCCGUAGGAGAGGGAAAAGAAAAGAACGCGGGGCGCCGCUGUCGUAGCGGCCGCGUCACGUCGCUCCCUCGGGUGGGGUGGCGCGUCACAUGGCCAGGAGCGGAGGGGCGCGGCCUGCCACCGUCACGUGUCGCGCGGCUCCGCCCCCUCGCUAGCCCUGGCGGCGGCGCGGAGGCAAAGCAGCCAGGAGGAGGAGCGGCCGGGCGCAGCCUCAGCGGCGGGAGCGUCGCCUAUGGGGAAGGCAGCCGCGCCGCUGUGCAGCGCCGGCACCCGCGGGCUGGUCUCCCUGCUCAGCGCCGUCCCUUGCCUGGCCUGCAAGCAGCCACCUCGCCGCCCUCCUCCUCCCCCCGCCCUCCUCGUCGCCAUGAGCCUGGCCGGCGCCACCACCCUCGAAGGGGCUCUGCCUUCCGCCCCCGCGACAACCCCGACCUCAGCCGGCCCCGGUCCCGACACGUACAAAGGCUGGCUCUUCAAGUGGACCAACUAUCUGAAGGGCUACCAGCGUCGCUGGUUCGUGCUUAGCAACGGGCUGCUCAGCUACUACAGGACUCAAGCUGAAAUGGCUCACACCUGCCGGGGAACCAUCAACUUGUCAACGGCUCACAUCGACACGGAGGACUCCUGUAAUAUUGUGCUUUCCAACGGGGGAAGGACUUACCACCUGAAGGCUCACUCAGAAGUGGAGCGGCAGCGGUGGGUCACUGCUUUGGAGCUGGCCAAGUCCAAAGCCAUCCGCAUGAGGAACGACCAGUCAGAUGACUCUGGUGAUGAGGAGCCAGCCUCGCAGUCUGACAAGAGCGAACUGCACGGCACUCUGAAAAGCCUCUCGAGUAAGCUGGAGGAUCUCAGCACUUGCAACGACCUCAUCGCCAAGCAUGGGGCAGCCCUCCAGAGGUCCCUGAGUGAGCUGGAGAACCUCAAGCUGCCCGCCGAGAGCGGGGAGAAGAUCAAGGCGGUCAACGAGAGAGCCACCCUCUUCAGGAUCACCUCCAAUGCUAUGAUAAAUGCCUGCCGCGACUUCCUGGAUUUAGCCGAGACCCACAGUCGCAAAUGGCAGCGGGCGCUCCAGUAUGAGCGGGAGCAGCGGACCCGCCUGGAGGAAACCAUUGAGCAGCUAGCCAAGCAGCACAACAACUUGGAGAGAGCCUGCCGAGGGGCCCCCUCCCUCUCUACGAACACCAGCACCCGUGCGUCCAAAGGAGGGAGCGUACAGAGCGUGAAAGCGGAAGCCAGUGAUGAAGAUGAGGAGACGCAGUACUUUGAUGCCAUGGAGGACGCACAAGCUUUCAUCACAGUAGCUGCGGAUCCAUCGAAGCACCACCGGCGUGCCGGCAGCAACAUUAGCGGGACCAGCGAAGGCCGAGGGGAGGGCUGGAACCUGGACGACAACGUGUUCGACAGCUCUGAGGGUUCAGGCAAAGAUGGCAUUCACAAGAAGAAGAGGCGGACCCGUGUCCCGGACAAGCCCAACUACAGCCUUAACCUCUGGAGCAUAAUGAAGAAUUGCAUUGGCAAAGAAUUGUCCAAGAUUCCCAUGCCUGUGAACUUCAAUGAGCCGCUCUCCAUGCUGCAGAGACUGACAGAGGACCUCGAGUACCACGAACUGCUUGACAAAGCUGUCAAGUGCGAGAGCUCCAUUGAGCAGAUGUGCUUUGUGGCUGCUUUCUCCGUGUCUUCCUACUCGACGACAGUCCACCGGACGGCGAAGCCAUUCAAUCCGCUCCUGGGCGAGACCUACGAGCUGGACCGGCUAGAUGAGCUGGGUUUUCGCUCUCUCUGCGAGCAGGUGAGUCAUCACCCUCCGGCCGCAGCCCAUCAUGUCUAUUCCAAGCGAGGCUGGACACUGUGGCAGGAAAUCACCAUUGCCAGCAAGUUCCGAGGCAAAUACCUCUCCAUCAUGCCACUGGGUUACAUCCACUUGGAAUUCCACUCCAGCGGCAACCACUACGUCUGGCAGAAGGUGACCUCCACCGUUCACAACAUCAUCGUGGGCAAGCUCUGGAUCGACCAGUCUGGUGACAUAGAAAUAAUCAACUACAAAUCAAAAGACAAAUGCCAACUGAAAUUCACUCCCUACAGCUAUUUCUCCAGAGAUGUCCCCCGAAAGGUGACAGGCCUAGUCAUGGAUGCGGAGGGCACAAGUCACUAUGUCAUGUCCGGCACAUGGGACGAGAAGAUGGAGUGUUCCAAAAUCGUGCAGAGCACCCAAGGAAACGGCAGCUCAGAGGGCAAGGUGCCCAAAACCGUCUACCAGACGCUGUCCCCCAAGGUCCUGUGGCAGAAAUACCCUCUUCCGGAGAACGCUGAAAACAUGUACUUCUUCUCCACCCUGGCUUUGACGCUGAACGAGCCCGAGGAUAGGAUAGCCCCCACGGACAGCCGCCAGAGGCCUGACCAGCGGCUCAUGGAGAACGGCAAGUGGGACGAAGCCAACGCGGAGAAGCAGCGGCUGGAAGAGAAGCAGCGGGCCGUGCGGCGCAAGCGGGAGGCAGAGGCGGCGGAGGCCCUGGAGGAAGGCAAGGACUACAGAGGCUACAGCCCGCUGUGGUUUGAGCGGAAGGUUGACCCGGCCACCGGGGAGCUGAUGUGCGUUUACAAAGGUGGAUAUUGGGAAGCGAAGGACCAGCAGCAGUGGAGUUUAUGCCCCAAUAUAUUCUGAGCGGCUUCUGAGCUGGACUGGCGUCUCCCGGGGCGGGAGGGGAGCCUCUCCCCCCCCCCAUCCUGCCCACAGGAAAGAGGAGCUGGUAGCAGAAGCACUCCGGGCAGCGUCCCGCUGGUCAACACACACUUCAAAGAAACACACAAGAGUUUAAAUAAAAUGCAGAUUUUUUUAAGAGAAAAGAGAAAAGCUGCAAGACAAAAACCAAACAGGGAAUUCCAAACCUAUUUUUAUGCACUAAUGAAAUGGCAUUUGGGGUUUUGUUUUGUUUUUUUAAGUGACUUUUUAAAGCUACCAAUUAGGAUUGAGAGAUGAUGGAUCUUUUUUUUCUUUUUCUUUUUUUCUUUUCUUUUUAAGCCUGGCCUAUUUAUUGCUGCAUCAGGAGAUGCAGCUUCCUUAUAUAUUUUGAGCUUCCGGUUCUCUUAACCAAAGCUCUGACACUUCCAAAGAUGCACGUAUUUGUGGGGGAAUGAUGUAUGUUUGAUUAAUUUUUUUUCCUUUCUCAUUUGUGUGUUGGGGACUUGAAAUAUCUUUAUAUAUAUAUAUAUAUAAAAUAGUAUACAUAUAAUUCAGGUUCUUUUUCUAAAGAUGCAGCAACUCCCUAACCCAUGUCCCAGGUGGGUCUUAAAUUCCAGGGAGAAAGUGCGGUGUCUUGGGGGCGGGGGAGUUAACAAGCCAAUAACUUUCCCCAACCCCAUUUAGAGUUUUGCAUCUUUGGGAGAAGGGUUGGAGGAGCGUUCUGACAACUGUGGUUUAAGUUCUCUCCCAUACUGUCAACAGGCAAUAUUUUGGGUAUUUUGUCUUUAAAAGAUCAAGUCUCUGGACAGCUUUGAGUUUUGGGGCGUGUACGGCCAUUUAAUUUUGGUUCUGUAAUCAACCCCUUGGUAGAGAAGUCCCCCCUUUGCCAUUCUCCAGCUGGUUGUUCUUUUCCAAAAAGGACUUUCCCAGUGCGGCUAGGCUUGGGGAGAGCUGGAGUUGAACCCUGACACACCUCGAUGCCAUCUUGCUAGUUCCCACCCCCCUCAACUUUGAGAUUUUGGCACAGGAGCUGGGUGCAAACCCAGGCAGGGUGGAUCCGAAGGCUCCCCCCCCCAAUCUAUCUGGUUAGAAACAGCACCCUCCUCCUCCUCCAUCACACACCCAGAAGGCUGCUCUUUCACACAGCCAGGAAGUCACAACAAACUGCCGAGCCCUGGGUGCUGUCGAUUAAUGUGACGCUGGUGGCGAGACGCAUCUGGGCAGCUCUCUCUCCUUGCGCAAACAGACACCCCUGUGGGCCUCGCUGGCGCCAUCUUUGUAGGAAGCACACAUGGACACUCCCUCUCCUUGCUUGCUGUCCUCUUCAUCAGAGGCCUGGUGACUCUGGAGGAUGCAGAGAGCGGAGCUGCCGGGGGGGGGGCACUGCCCUCUGCUGCAGUCGAGGGGAAAGUGGGUUUUCCAAGGACAAACGCCUUCAUCCCAGAUGCCUCACAAGUAGCAAGUCAAAAUGUGCUCUCUCUCUGUCUUUCUCAGACAUUCUCUCUCCCGCCUUCGUUUGUCAUUCAAGGCCAGCCACUGAGCUGCCGGCAAACCCACGUUCUCUGAAAUCUGUGCCGCAGAGGCAUUGAUCCCCUUUUGCCAGCUGUUCUUAAAUUGCCCGACUGACUCGCCUUCCUCCCCUGGCCAGAACUUGCACAAGCAGGCUCUCUAGUUUCAGCCCUAGUUCUGGUUUUCCGGGGGGGAGUUCCAGGGAAGUUCUGCCUGGCACCUGGAUUUCCACGUCCCUCUUUCAAGCCGGCUGGUUUGCCGAUGCCGAAGGCCUGGCUGCCUGGUGUGUUUCCCUGCGAAAGAAUGGUGCUUGGGACAAAUGUCUCUUACGUCCAAUGGGAUGGGUGGCUCGUUUUGAGAACUGGACAGGGUCCAUAAGGCCUUUUUGCCUUUGGAAAAGAUAAACAGAGCCGCCCAGUCCUCUGGCUCACAAAAUCACAUCUUGUCAGAUGCAGGAACCAGCAGAUUUCUUGUGGCCAGGCACAUUUAUGUGGGGCGGCGGGGAGAAAACGAGCAAUAACCAACUUCAGGGCUUCACUCUCUGCCCCCAGAAUGCAAAGGGGAGGAGGUCUUCGGUCAGGUUACCCCCAAGAGGGAUUUCCAAAACCCUUUCCCUCACAGCACCUGUAGGAGCUGAUAUUUACUCUCUGCGUCUGCAAGUAUAUAUGUAUAUACAUGCACACACACACCUUUGCACAGUAUAUUUAUAUAUUUAUACAAAUCUACAUAACCUGUGCAAAUACACACAAACACAAACACGCAUAUACACACCGUACAAUGUAACUGUAGUGACUGAACAUCAGUAUGUAUGCCAACAGCUGAUUUCAGUGUAAUUAUUUAUUUGCUUCUAAUUUAUAUAUAUUAUAUAUAUAAAUAUAUAUAUAUAAUUAUUUUUGUUUAAAUUUAUAUGGUACAUAAAGUAGAGAAGGGGGGGAUAAUAAUGAAGACGGAUGUGUGCCUCUGUCUGAAUUUUCUUUUUAUGGUGCAAAUUACAUGUACGGUAAAUCUUGAUUCCUCUUUUCAGGGUAGGUGUCCUCCGUCUUUCUUUCUUAACAAGAAAAAAUAAAAGUGUUGAGGUUAGAGGCACCCCA